AUGGCUUACUGCCCCCUGAUGAAAUGUGAUCUGGGUCAGAAGGCCAUGGAGUCUCUGAACUCAGAGGGACUGAAGCCCAACUUUCAUGAGCUGGACAUCAACGAUCCAGACAGCUGUGAGGCAUCUGAUGCAGAUGGAAAAGCGCUAUAUAGUCAAUUUAUUUGUGUGGUGAACAUCUCCAGCAUGUUAGGCUCACAAGCACUUAACAGCUGUAGCCCCGCCCUCCAAGAGCAUUUCCGCAGAGAGGACAUAACAGAGGAGGAGCUUGAGGGACUGAUGCAGAGAUUUGUCACUUUGUCGAUGAGGCAAAGUGGAACCAAC